CAGCAGAACAGCAUGGAGCUAGCUACAUCACUUUUGGAUUAGCUUCAGAUAUCUAUUUCAGUGAAAAAUUAGACUUCUAAGUAUUUUUUUUUGCUGUACGCGUAGCUAGUGCUAUGAGUAGUUAAUAUAAAUUAUGUAGCAAGUAAAAUUGUAUUCCUCUGUAUUAAUUGGGUAAUAAGUGGCAGCUAAUUUGGCGUCAGAAAUGGCAUACUCACAUAACCCUGAUAUUUUUCGCUGGAAAAGAGUUACUAAGACUAAAAAACCCACUGCAGAUAAGCAGGUGCAGCUCAAUAAUGGGGAGAUCAACCAAUGGAUGAAGACAGUGGAAAUGGCCUCAGACAUUGCAGUGACUGAGGUUUUUUCCCUGAAGAAGCCCCAUUCAGUGAUAAGCAGUCAGUCGAUGGCACUACACAGCACAGAGCAGCUGCUGGAUCAUGACCAAGCAUACGGGGAAGCCCAGGCUCUUCUUAGUGAUUGGAUGAACAGCAAGUUGCGUCUGGAAUUGGAGAUGGAGGAUGAGGAGGAUGUGAUUGUCUCCCCUGAGAAGAACAGUCCAGAAGCCAUGCUACCUGCCCAGCCUGUCUCCCUGGACUACAGUAACUUUGAUGAUCUGUAUUCCCACCUGGCUGAGGAAGAGGAGAGCUCAGCGGUUAACAACUUCCUUCAAGACCUCAUGGAGCGGGAAGUGGUGGAUUCUGGGUUAGUGGAGGAUCUGGCACUAGACUCUGAAGAGCGAGACAGGAGGAUGAGGAGGGACCCGAGCCUCACCAUGGAGGCACGUCACCGACAGGUGCGUGAGAACCGUGCACGGCGGGACGCGGAGCGGGAGAGGCUGCACAGGGAAAGAGUGGCGCGGAGGCAGGCCAGGGAGGAGGCGCAGAGGAGGGAGCGGGAGGAGAGGCGGAGGAGGCAGGAGGCACGCAGGCAGGAGGAGAUGGUGCAGCAGGAGAUGGUGCGACUGCGCCGCGAGACGGAGGAGAGGAGGAACCUGGAGCAACUAGCCAGGCAAAUGGAGAGGGAGAGGAUCGCUAGGAAGACGGCAGCUAAGAGCUCACUGGUACUCCAGCCAGGCCCUUCAUUCUCUACUGCACAGAAACAACGUGACACUGAGAGACCACUCAGACUACAGCAAGUAGAGGUCAGGGUUCAGAUGCACAACCUUAAGUGUCUGCAGAGGCACUUCUCUGGCUGGUACUCAGUGCUGUUGGAGAGGAGGUUGCAGAUGGGCAAGGCGGCAGCGCUCUGUGAUUGGAGGAGACAGCUGAGGGCGUGGCGAGACUGGCGGGCACUGGUGUGGGCAGGGCGAGAGCAGCGGGAAGCGGAGAGAACAGAGGAGGAGUUACGGACCCAGAAAAGACGCUGCCAGGUGGCGAUGGUGAGUGACCGUAGGCGUUUGCUAAGACGAUGCCUGAGUGAUUGGCGGCUGUGGUGUCGGGCGGAGAGAGAACGCCGUGAGCUGUUGUCACAGCAUCAAGAGACGCGGCGCAAGAUGGCCGCCCUGAUUAAUGCCGUGGCAACUGGGAAACUCAAGAUGAUGAAGGAGACGCAUACUCCUGAGCCAAUCACUGCCCUACCUGAGCCUUCUGACCAAUCAGAAACCGUAGAACUGAAAGGUCAGCCAGGGUCACAACCUGCUGGCCCCACCCCCUCUCCUGCCUGUCAAGGGGACGGACCGCUGGGGGCUGUGGUCCUGCACACACUCCCCUGGCAGGUGACAAGGCGUAACGCGGCGCUGAGUGCAGGCGAACUGAGGCGAGCACGGGAGAGGGGCGAUGGGGACGACAGUGUAGGGGCUGCCCCCCGGUCUCAUACAGCAGCGGUGUGUGGGGGCCGGUUCGAGCAUCGCCAUGCCAGCCAGCAACAGACCAUUGCAGAGCAGAGGAAGCUCCUCAGGGAGCAACAGGAGCAGAUCACACGCCUCCAGGAGGAGCAGAGCAUGAUGGGACUGAGGCAGGAGGCCCAGACAGCCGCCCAGAUCGCUGUCCCAUCAUCACCAAGGCCCAGAGAGAUGACCUCUGACCCCAAAGAAUCCAGGGCUGGAAGUGUCGCUCGGAGGAACGAUGGCCGUUUCUCGGCCUACAGGAAACCAGCUGUCCGUCAGCCCUGUCGUCAUCCCACCGUCAUGGCCAUGGAGGAACGUGCUCGUCAGCGAGCGGAGCGCAGGAGGGAGGUGGAGGAGCUGAAGAGAAAGAAGGAGGAGGAGAGGCUGGCCCAGCUGAAAACAGCAGUGAAGGAGAGGCAGAGGGAGGAGGAGGAUGAGAAACGUAGAGCAGUGGAAAGGAGGAAGGAGGAGAAGAGACAAGAGAGAGAGAGGGAGCAGGAGAAACAGUGGAGGUUGGAGCGAGACCAGCAGCUCCAGACCCAGGCCCAGCAACACUACCACAGAACUCUUGUACUACGGCGAGGCCUGGAGCCAUGGAAACGCCUAGUCGCCCAGAGCCAAGCCAACACUCAGCUGGCCAGGGCUCAUCACAGGCAGUCUCUCCUGAGACGGUGCACGCUGUCCUGGCAGCAGGUAGCAGGCGAGUCCCUGGCUCAGAAAUGGGCCUCUGCUGACCAACUGCAUCAACACAUCCUGCUACGGAGGAGCCUGGUCAACUGGAAAAGGCUGAAGGAUCACUGCAUGGUUCUGGAAGGGCGGGCCGAGCGGUUCUGGCGCACGCAUACUCUGAAGAGGGCUCUGAUUGGACUGCUAGAUCACGUGACCCAGGAGAGGAUGGCAGAUUGGGAUCGGGAGCAGCAGGCUCAGGAACACAGUACCAGGCGGGUGGUGCGGAGCUGUUUCCAAGCCUGGAGACGGUAUCCGGGGUGGCUGCGUGAGGAGAGAGGGAGGGAGACCAGGAGGGAGAAGCUGAGACGCCGAGUGGCAGAGGUCCUCCCUGACUUCUGCUCUUCUCCUCUGGACUGUACCUGGGAACAAGGCCCUCUGUGACCCACAGGACACACACAUGUAGAGUAGACAUACGUACAGUACACUAAGACAGGCAGGCAGGCAGGCAGGCAGAGAAUACUUGCAUAGAGGAUAAAUCAGUGGAUAGGACCCAAAACAGAUAAUUAAGUUGCUGCUGUAACAAGCACACACAUACCAGCUGUUGGUCUACCUUCAUUACCUGAGAAAGGUGGAUACAAGUUUUAAUGAAGACAGUUUGGAAACUUUUGUAACAGCAAUGACUCAUUUAAAAUUGCAGUUAAAAUUCAGGUUAUUUAAUAUUUUUGAAGUCACAGUUUGAUGCAGUUUGACAAGAGCUUGAAGCCAUACAAAAUAAAAAGCAUAAUGUUUUUCAUAUCACCAUGAACGAUUCUCACUGUGGGUAGUCUGUCGAAGUUGUUCUCCCACAACUCUGUACUUUUGUUGUUUUAUUCUCUUAAGUCCUGUGUAGCGCAGUUGGUAGAGCAUGGUGCUUUCAGCUGAGCCAGAACAUGUAAAAGGGCUUUGGGCCAGUAACAAAGGUUGCUGGUUUGAAUCCCUGUGCUGACUAGGUGAAAAAUCCAUAUUCCCUUGAGCAAGGCACUUUAUCCUAAUUGCUUCUGUAAGCAAAUAACUAAAAUGUAAAUGUGAUGUUUAAUGCAACAACACUUCAUCUUCACAGGGAUGUAUCAACACGAUGCGGUUUGAUAAAUACCCAUAACCUAUGUUUCCUUCUGAAGCUCACAGGAACUGUUGUACAUAAAAAUAACAUAUAGUGACAACAGCUGUUCCUUUCUUGAGGAGUGUUAGUCAGUGUUGAAAGGAACGUCUAGGGCUUCAUUUUAUUUUGGUCAUGUGGUUUGGUCACCUCUCCCAUCAAAGGCACUUCAACUGAGGAGGGAGAGAGUGAGAGAAUGGUAGAAGGACCCUGGAAAGAGAUUGCGCGAGGAAAAUGAAGAGAGAGAGGGAGCGUGAGACAGAUCGAUGGAGAGAGAGAUGGAUGAAAGGUGCACGGAGCAAUUGCAGCACUAGAAUGGGAGAAUAGGUCAGGGAGAGAGAGAGAGGGGUAGAGAUGGUGAGAUUUGAUUGAGGCUGUCAGUCAGUAAAGUUAACAGAAGUGGUUGUGUGUUAUUGUAGCCUAUGGUUCAGCUCAGGGACGGUAUUGUGGGGGGCGCUACUUCACAACAGAACCGAUCACUGUGACACCUUAACAAAGGCUUGUGAUUUCAGACUGGCUCGGCCUCCCUCCCAGUCCCAGACAGAAUAGGGAAGGAGAGGACAGAAAGACUGACUGGGGAGAACAGAAAGACAUAAUAGAUAGGGAGGGGACAUACAGACAGACAAGGUAGAAGACUGAUUAACAGGAGAGAGGGAGAUGUCUUUACAGUCUGAGGUGUGGAGAUAUGCUGCCAUCUGGUGGUGAAAGAUAGUACAGCAGCCACAUCCUCCAACUCUUGUCCAUAUUUAUUUUCAUUUAUUUAACCAGGCAAGUCAGUUAAGAACAAAUUCUUAUUUACAAUGGUGGGCCAAUUGCGCGCCACCCUAUGGGACUCUCGAUCAUGGCCGGUUGUGAUACAGCCCGGGAUCGAACCAGGGCCUGUAGUGACGCCUCUAUCACAGAGUAGGGUGAAGUUGCCCCCCCCAGACUGAUCUACGCUCAGUUUUAUGUACUUCCCCCUAACGGUUAAAGUCAGAUUGUAUGAGGGUAAGAGAUGACUCUAGAUCUGUAGGCAACUUCUACCUGGAUCGUCCAAUUGAUCAAUGACUUCUAACAUGCUGACCACACUGCUUGCGUCACAAAAUCAAUGUACACAUACAUGUUAUUCAAUCAUCGCACCCACACUGCUCACGAGCGUACGCGUAGCCAGGCGCUAAAAUAGAACUUGGUUCUAUUUGUGACGCUUGAUGAAUCCCACCUCAUUGUUUUUUAAGAGCAUAUACCCACUGGGUGAUUGAACGAUGAACUGAGAUUCAGCGGUAGUGGUAACGCACCUUGAAGUUGUUUGCCAAUCACCAUAUAAAGUCCAGAGUUGAAAACUGGAGGAGCGAUUACUUGAUAUUUCAAUCUCCGUGUCCUGAUCGCAUCUGGUGUGGGUGGACAAAAUCAACAUGCGCACGAGCGGUCUGGUCAGCAUGUAACGAUGCCAUUAUGCUGUUGAGCAGCUCAGCUACACCUUGAGGAGAGUUCAACAAAGAUUCUGUUUGCGGUGAACAUGUUGCCAGAGUAACAAUUUGAGUUGAAUAAAUAUUCCAAAAUGUUACAGUGAAACUUUUUGUAAUGAUUUUCUGUGGCUUUUUAGCGACAGUAUUCAAACUGAAAAUGACUUAGCUACUCCUACUAAAUAUAGUAGAAAGUCUACAUUGCCACUUGAUUUUGUAGCGGCAGUUAAGACCUGAAACCGACACUUACGUUCACCGCACACUACCUUCUGACUGUUAGCUAACGUUAGCGAAUGGUCAAUGCUAACACAAAACAAAUGGAAUAUGUUAGCUAACAUUAGCCAAUGUUCGCAAACUAUUUUCCUUGUUGAACGCACCCCAGGUCAGUGAGGCUGGGCCAGGGGGUGUCCGGGCCUUCUCCAAUGGUCAGCUACACCAGG